CAAUCCACCACCACCCCUAGACACCUUGCCAUCAUCCUCCCUCUCUCUUCCUCUCCAUCAAGCAGUAUUUCUAUUUCUCCUUGUGAAUAUUAUCAUCGUGCUAAUGGGGUUCUCUUAGUACACUUCUCUGCACAUCUCCAUCAAGUACCUACCCCUUAUUGUCCUCAGGUGCCUUUCCCCAGUGUAGUAGUGGGCCUAAGGUGGCUUCGCAAACUCAGGCCGAUACGGGUUCCAGAGAGAAUUCAGUUCCUCCCCAAGCCAUUGCCCAUGGGCCCUCUUCCUCUUUUUCCACUUCUCGAAUGCACCAGCCAUGCGGCUUCUCGCUUCUCUGUCACUCGCUUACUAUGCUAGUGUCGCAUCAGCAAAUGUUAUUCCCGCAAACGAGCGCUGUGUGACAGCAAUCUACACCGCAUAUACGUAUAUCGCCUUCAGUGGGGAGUUCGAAAAAGGGUGGCAGUCACACUGCCAGAAUCCUCUUGAAGUCACCUCCAUCUAUGCCUCGUCUGAUAUCUUUUGCCAGCCGGCUGAACGGUCAGCCGGACUCGCUCAACUCGCUUCUAUAUGCAAAAGCUAUGGCCACGUCGAUCUUCUACCUCGGGAGAGUGUCGCAGAGAAUCUUACCGGCGAUGCUAUCAGUAGCAUGAAGGUUGUAAAUUACCUAGAAAUCCCCAGGAAGUCGUUGGUUGAUGCACCUGUGCUCCUAUCUCCCUCGUAUUAUCAAAGUGUAUUUCGGACUGUGGAUACUUGGCAAUUUGAAACUUGGACACAUUAUGCUUAUGGAUACGCCGGCUACGGUUACUGGGCCGUUGUCUUGACGGUCGGGAUACUUCAUAGGGUGCUUCAAUACCUAUUUUUUUCACUAUACGAACGGUUACCCCAUUAUAAAAUAUCAUUUUUGUUGGCCCCCAUCCGGAAUAUGUAUAUCUGGACACAAACUCAUUUGUUAGUCCCCGGUCCUCUUCCAUCUCAAGGGCGGAAAUUCCUAUGGUGGACGUUUUCAACACGCAUUGAAGCCAUUGUUAUUCUUCUAUUUUGGCUUCUCAGUGUCGCUUUUUGCUCUUUCAACUACCGUCUCUUUCCUGGGAAUAUUUACUGGCCAGAGCCCUCAACACAGCUCCUGCGCUAUAUUGCUGAUAGAACUGGUAUUAUAUCAUUUGCUAAUCUCCCUCUCAUUUGGCUCUUCGCGGGUCGUAACAAUGUCUGUGCAUGGGCUACAGGGUGGAACUUUGCAACCUUCAAUCUAUUUCACCGACAUGUCGCCUGGAUAGCUACUAUUCAAGCCGUCGUGCACACAGCCCUCUAUCUUGUUCUAUUCUUCCAGAGAUCAAACCCCAUGCAGAAGCUUCAGAAGUCAUAUCUUUCCUGGGGAGCUUUGGGUACGCUUCUGAUGCUGCUCCUUCUACCCACUGCAGUUAAUUGGUUUCGCCGUCGAGCAUACGAGACCUUUCUUCUUAUCCACAUCAUUUUCUCCGUAGGCCUGCUUGUUUGUUGUUUCUACCAUACAAUCAUUUUUGAAGGCCAUGAAUACUGGUUUUACUUGUGGCUCCCCGUAGGUAUCUGGGGAUUUGAUCGACUUCUCCGCCUGAUCCGGUUGGUGUACUGCAAUCUUCAUGUUCGAAUAAAUGCCGGGUCUCUUGUUCAGUACACCACCAGCACAGCUAGCUACUAUAAGGCAGCCGAUAUUGUACGGCUUGAUGUCGCACCUGGCUCAUCACGAAUUCGCCCUAACCCCGGUCAAUACUAUUUCUUAUAUCAGCCUUUCCGUCUUACCGGGUGGGAAAGCCAUCCAUUUACUCUGGGAUGCUGGUCACACCAGGGACGCAGCGCGUUGUCCCCGUCCCCCUCCUGGAUUGCCAAAGACAAUGAGGGAGUGGACGUUGCGCAAAUGCCUCUUCUUUCCGAUAGCUCGUCUGAUUCGGGAAAUCGCUCCACUAGGGAACCGCUACCGUGUACAGAUUCACAGGAACUUAAUCUAGGUUUCUGGAUACGUCCAUUUGAUGGCUGGACGCGUCAUCUCCGCGAGCAAUGUAUGCAAUCCCCUGACCAAACAGUUGAUGUAAGAAUCCUGUUGGAGGGCCCUUACGGCCACGGGUUCCCUCUGCGCAGCUUUGACUCGGUGUUGUUCAUUGCGGGCGGGACGGGGAUAGCUUCAGCGGUCCCGUACAUUCAUGACCACAUUUCACGAUCCUCACAAAACCCAGACGAGACGGCAACACGCGUUCGAGACCUACGAUUAGUCUGGGUAGCUCGCCAAUCUGCCUUCAUUCAUCAAGUCGCAACGCGUGAAUUAAGUUCGGCUCUCGGUCGUGAUGAUUUCCGCGCAUCCUUUUAUUCCACCUCGCCCGUCACACAAUCUGAUUCAGAUACCAUAAGUGAGGAAUCGACAAGCUUCCCCGCUGGCGCUGUGACCGAAAAAGAUAUAGAAAUUUCACAGGGUCGGCCUGAUAUUGACGACCUCAUCUUAUCCCAUGCCAGAGAAGCUCAGGAGAGCAGCUCAUUAGCCGCAGUCCUUGUGUGCGGACCCCCAGCCAUGGCAGAUAGAACCCGUGCCGCGGUACAUAUGGCGAUGCAACAAGGUUACCAGUCGCUUCAAUACAUCGAGGAGUCUUUCAGCUGGUAAAUGAUGAUAUUUACGUCUUUUAUCGUGGAAAGCCCGAGGGAAGGACUCCUCCAAUCGAUUCAAAGGCCAGUAAUUUGCAGCAAAAGGUGGCAUAGAUAGAACAUGUCAAAUGAACGCCUGCUUUCAUUCUCGAUAAUACACCCCAUACGAUGCUACGCGCAGCUUCAAAUUCGGUUUCAACAGACUUGCCUCUCUCAUGCUGGACAUCUAGAGGCUGCCAGGAUUAUUUACAACAGAAAUAUUAGUGAAAACCUGAGCAAAGCUUGGAUAAUGCAUACCAUCAAAUGUACAAUAUCUGUUCUUCAACUACACUCGUCUUCAGCGCUUUAUUUGCUUUGGCAUAUCCUAUGUUUAGUUGUCCUGGUUAUAUAUUUAUAUAUGUCCGAGUGACUACUACUAGGCUAGAUUUUUCGUCCGCCUCCUCUCCUAGCAGUCACGAACUUUGAGCAUUAAUAGUACUGAUAUAGCCUGGAAACAAUAUACAUUUCUUC